CUGUCUGUGUGUCGUGCAAUCAUUGUGCGACAGUUCGACGAAAAUUUUACUUUAUUUGUUAUUUUCUAAGUUUUGAAUGAGAAUUGAGAAAGAAAACCUCAAAAAGUAGACACAUUUGAAAUGCCAAGACGUGAGGAUUCAGACAAGAGGAAGAGGAAAAAGUCUGAGAGCAGCUCAAGUAGUUCCUCAGAUUCCUCAGAUUCAGAUAGUGACUCGAGCUCCUCCUCCAGUAGUAGCUCCUCAGAGGAUAGAGAGGACAAAGAUCAACAAAGAAAGUCAAGGUCAGGAGAGGAAAAAAGAAGGCAUUCAUCCCACUCUGAUGAUAACAGGUCAGAAUCUUCAUCUCGUAAACAAAGAGGAGGGCAUAUUGAAGCAGUGAAAAGAAGUCCACGACAUGAGAGGUCUAGAUCACAUUCCAGUUCUAGAUUGUCCAGGCGAUCAAAGUCUCCUUCUGUAAGAGGAAGACUAUCUCCUGCAGGGUCAAGGUCAAGCUCCAGAAGUGGUCAGAAAGUUUCAUCACGGCAUUCUUCAUCUCAACGUUCUAUUUCUUCACCUUCAUCCAGACGUGAAAAGGAUCACUUACAAUCCCUUAGCCAAGUUUCAGAUGAUGUAAAAAGACCAUCCUCGAGGAGUUCACAGAUUGACAGAAAAGAUACAGCAAAGCAGUCCAGGUCUCCCACCACUAGCCCUCCACCUCAAAAACAUGACAGCGAGGAAAAUCAGAAAAAGACACCACCAUCAAGCCCUCAUAGGGGAAGUGAAGAUCGACAGGGGCGGUCUCCAGACUCCAGUCCUCCUCAAAGAAGUGAGAAGAUAAGACCUAUAGAUGCAUCACCAGAGGUACCUCCAUCUGAUAAAAAAUCUCGUAGACAUUCUUCUGACUCUUCCUCUCCGAGUCACACUCCUCCGCGUGAUGACAGAUACGACAUGUCUAAAUACGAAGAAGAAAGCGGGGCGUCUGAGUCAGAGGAUGAGAAAAGGGGUCGUAAAAAGAAACACGACAUGCGGAACUUCGAGAGUGAGCCUGAGAGUGGAGAAUGCACAGAUUCUGAAGAUGAAAGGAAACUCAAAAGUUCAGUUAAGAGGAAAAUGGAAGAGGAGGAUGGGAGUCGUAGGAGAGGUGAACGUCGGCGAGGGUAUUCCCCAGACCGCUGGCGAGACGAUAGAGACAGCAGAAGACGUAGAUAUAGUCCGGGGGGAAAUAGAAGAAACGAUCGAUUCCGUGAAGAUCGCAGGCGAUCACGUGAUUGGAGAACAAAUGAUAGAGAUCGUAAUUCAUUGGAAAGAAGAAGAGAUGAUGACCGUCGGAGAUCCCCGACUCAGGAUGGAAGUAAAACAGAUGGCGAUAAAGACAAAGCCACUGAAGAAAACCAGAAAGAAGGAGAGAAAGCUGAGAAUGCAGUGAAGAAGUCCAAGGAGGCAGAAGUGUUGUCGCUGACCACCAGGACUGGAGGGGCAUAUAUUCCCCCUGCUCGACUGAGAGCCAUGCAGGCCAGCAUCACUGAUAAGUCAAGUGAACCUUUUCAGAGGAUUGCCUGGGAAGCUUUGAAGAAAAGUAUCAAUGGUUUGAUCAACAAAGUCAACGUGUCAAAUCUCCAUUUUGUUGUCCAGGAAUUGUUCCAAGAGAACAUAGUCAGAGGAAGAGGUUUGGUGGCCCGUUCAGUAAUUCAGGCUCAGUCUGCCUCUCCCACAUUUACACAUGUGUACGCCGCCCUGGUGUCAGUUAUCAACACCAAGUUUCCACAAAUCGGGGAGUUGAUCCUGCGACGUCUUGUGAUUCAGUUCCGUCGUGGAUUCAAGAGAAAUGAUAAGAAUCUCUGUCUGUCGUCCACCCGAUUCAUCGCUCAUCUGGUCAACCAGCAAGUGGCCCACGAGGUGCUGGCAUUAGAAAUCCUGACCCUAUUACUGGAGACCCCAUCUGAUGAUUCUGUGGAGGUGGCUGUCGGCUUUCUGAAGGAGUGUGGACAAAAACUGACCGAAGUCACCCCUCGUGGAAUCACAGCGAUAUUUGAGAGGCUGAGGAAUGUCUUACACGAGGGUCAGAUUGACGUGAGGGUGCAGUACAUGAUAGAGGUGAUGUUUGCCAUCCGUAAAGACGGCUUCAAGGACCACCAGUCAGUUAUAGAGGAACUAGAUCUCAUCGCGGAGGAGGACCAGUUUACUCACCUCCUGACAUUAGAAGACGAAGGAACAGCUGAGGAAAUCCUAAAUGUUUUCAAGUUUGAUCCUGAGUAUGAAGCAAAUGAAGAAAAAUACAAAGAACUGAAAAAAGAGAUCCUGGAUGAGGGCAGUUCUGAUGAGGAGUCGGGGAGUGGAUCCGGGUCUGAAAGUGACAGUGACGAAGAAGAGGGGGAGGGCGAAGAAGGAGAGAAACAGACAAUAAUUGACCAGACAGAAACCAAUCUGAUUGCCCUCAGGAGAACAAUCUAUUUAACGAUCCAGAGUGCCUUAGACUUUGAGGAAUGUGCUCACAAACUUCUAAGAAUGGAACUCAAACCGGGACAAGAGGUUGAGUUAUGUAACAUGAUUCUUGAUUGCUGUGCACAGCAACGUACUUAUGAGAAGUUUUUUGGAUUGCUAGCUCAGCGAUUCUGUAUGAUUGACAAGAAGUACAUAGAGCCUUUCCAGACCAUGUUCAGGGAGCAGUAUGACACAAUCCACAGACUAGAAACAAACAAGCUCAGGAAUGUGGCCAAGUUCUUUGCUCAUCUAUUGCACACUGAUGCCAUCUCAUGGGAGGUUCUGGAGGUCAUUAAACUGAAUGAGGACGACACAACUUCAGCCAGUAGAAUAUUUAUCAAAGUAUUAUUCCAGGAAUUGUCUGAGUAUCUAGGUCUACCCAAACUUAACGACAGACUCAAAGAUCCAACCCUCCAGCCAUAUUUUGAGGGCUUACUACCCAGGGACAAUCCUAAGAAUACCAGAUUUUCCAUCAACUUUUUUACCACAAUUGGUCUCGGUGGACUAACUGAUGAUCUCAGAGAGCACUUGAAGAAUGUGAAGAAACAAGUGGCUCAACAGCAAGAGGAGGAGUCUGACAGUUCAUCGUCAUCAUCUUCUGAUGAUUCAUCAUCCUCAUCUGACAGUAGUUCAUCAUCAGAUAGCUCCUCAGACAGCUCUUCUGAGGAUGAAGCACCUCGAAAGAAAAGAAAGGGAAAACCAACAGAGACAAGGGAAAGGAGGAGUAAAGAAAAAUCCAGACAAGGUUAUACCAACGGAGACAUACAACAGAGGGAAAAAAGACAAGAGAGGGAGGAAAGCCCUGAAAAUGUCAGGAGAAACAGGAGGGAAAGGGAGGAAAAUGUGUAUGAUAAAAGGUCUAAGCAAAGAGGCAGGGAUGAAAGCCCACAAAAUGGCAGCUCAAACAGAAGAGAAAGGGAGACAAGCCCUGGAAAUUACCGAUCUAAAAGAAGAGAAAAAGAGAGAAGUUCAGACGUAGUGGAAUCAAAAAGGAGGGGAAGGGAGGAAAGUGAAGAAAAUUAUAGAAGGAGGAAUCAACAAGAGAGUCCGGAGAAUGUUAGAUCCAAGUGGGAAGACUCAAGAUCAGAUAGGUACAGUGGGAGAUACUCUAAUGAUGUAGAUGGAGACUGGAGAGACAGGGAAGGGAGGAAUGACAGAAGGAGAAAUAGGGAUGAAAGUGAUGAUGAUAGAUCAUCAAGAUAUAGUGAUCGGAGACAAAGUAGAAGGAAAGAGAAACAUGCAGAAGAAAAUUAUGACAGACCUUCCAGAGGGAGAAAAGAGGAAAGGGAAGUGGAACGGAGAAAUGGAAGAAGGGCUGAAGAUUCUGAUGAAGAUUACAGAUCUAGGAAUCGAGGAAGGGAGGAGAUGAGGGAUUCUAGAAGAGGAAGGGAUCAGCAGGAGAAUGGGUACAGGGAUAGAAGUGAAGAAGAUGAGAGAACUCUGAUUAGAAAUAGAAGUCAGGAAAGAAAUAGGGAUAAACAAAGGAGAGACGAAUCAAGAGAGGAAAUAAGUCAGAGGAACAGAGAAUAUGAGAGGAGACGUGAAGAGUUCAAUCAAGGAAGGAGGCCUGAAUGCAGUACAGAAAGAAGGAAACGUGGAUAUGAGGAAGACGACAGGGGAGAGAAGAGGCAGCGAAGAGAAGAGGUGUCUAGAGAGGGCAGGGGAAGGGAGAUGGACAGAGAACAGAGGAGAAGGCAAGAAGAUAUAGAGAAAAGCAGAAGUGGCAGAGGCAGAGAUGAGGAGAAAGAGAGAAGGAACAGAGACAGUGAGGAGAGGGAGAGGAGCAGGAGGAAUAAAGGAAGCAGUAGGAGGAGUGUGGAUUCCUCCAGUGAGGACAGUGACUCCUCCAGUGAGGACAGUGACUCCUCCAGUUCUGAUGAUUCCUCCAGUGACAGUUCCUCCUCCUCCUCCUCCUCACCCAGUCCUCCGAGGAAGAGGAAGCACUCAGACUCUGAUAGUGACAGUGUAAAACAUUCUAUUAAAAAGAGACGCGAUUCUGACGAGUACGAAAAACGUGAGAGGUACAGCUCUCAAAGAGAGAGCAGUGUUCGCAGCAGGGAGAGAUCCCACAGGAGAUGAUAGUUUGAUAUGCAAGAUUAAGUGUAUAAAGUGCUAUGAUCUUUUGAUGCAAUUUUCAUUUGAUGAAUAUGUACAUGAAAAAUCAUGAAAAAUAUUGUUAAUUCAUAUCUAUAGUCUAACCCUAUGGGUUUUUUCUAGACUAAAAAAAUUGUUUGAAUUAAAAAGGAUGAAAUUUUU